GCUAAUUGUUACCGCGACAACUUCACUGAUACAGCUCCGGCUUACUCUCUAACAUGAUGAAAUCGUUCAUGACUCUGUUGCUGUUUGCUGCUGCAGUCAGCUACUGCUUAGCAGCUCCUGCCGGAUUCGGGUACGGCCACGGCGGCCAUGGCGGUCACGGUUUUGGCCAUGGUGGUCAUGGUUUCGGGUAUGGCCAUGGCGGUUUUGGCCAUGGAGGAUUUAGUCAUGGUGGCUUUGGACAUGGAGGAUUUGGCCAUGGUGGUUAUGGGCAUGGAGGACAUGGUGGAUAUGGACAUAGCGGUACCUCUUUCAGCGUUUUCAACCUUGGCCAUGGACUCGGAGGCCAUGGUGGAUACGGCCAUGGAGGGUAUGGCCAUUAGCAAGACACAACGGAUGUGAC